CAUUUUACUUUAGUCAUGUUUUGAAUUUUUUUACUCUGAAGUAAUUUGUAAAUAAGAAGUAACUAAUUAGAUAAAGGCCAACGUCUGUCAUGGCAUCAGACUCUGAAAGCUCAGAGGAAGAAUGGGAGGAACCGAAAUUAAAAUACGAUCGGAUGGGAAAUGAUUUGCUUGAAAUAUUAAGAACCGACGCUGCUUCUUGUAUUGCCCUACAUAGCAAGUUUGUUGCCCUUGGAACGCACUGGGGAAUCGUUUACAUUUUGGACCACAGUGGCAACAACAACACAAGCAAACAUUGUAAACCGCACGCUACUUCUGUCACCGGCAUAUCGCUCGACGGUUCGGGCGAGCACGUAGCAAGUUGUUCAGAUGACGGAACAGUGAAGAUUACUGGGUUGUACCUGGAUGAAAAUAACCAAGUAAUAACGGAGGAUCAACCAGUUAAGUCAGUAGCCCUCGACCCCAACUACAGCCACAGUUCUUCGAAACAAAUCGUUUACGGCACGAACGAGUUGGUAUUAUUGGAGAAAACCUGGUUGGGGAGGAAUAAACGCACGGUGUUGCAUGGUGGGGAGGGGUUGGUUCGAUGCGUCAAGUGGAGAGGGUCAUAUAUUGCGUGGGCUAAUGAUCUGGGAGUAAAGAUAUACGACAUGAAACAGCGACGUCGUAUCACUUACAUACCCCGCGUGGGGGCAGGUGGGACGAACCGGGUGUUACCCAAGUUAGGGGGUACGAGGGUGGAGUUGUACCCCGCACAUAUCGCAUGGAAAGAUGAUACAACAUUGCUUAUAGGGUGGGAUAAAGACAUUAAGGUUUGUGCAAUCAGAGAUAAACCUUCUCGGGAUUCGAGGGCACCAACAAAAUAUUGUGUCGUAGUCCACUUGUUCAAGACCGAUUUCUCCUGCUGUGGUAUAGCACCCCUCGGUGACCAGAUUGCCGCACUUGCGUACAUGGAGGAAGACAAUGAAGCAGGUUCCACACGACCCCAGCUCCGUAUAUUGGAACCAAACGCUGCCGACAAGGAAUCUUUCACCGAAUUAUCCCGAGACGCUCUUUCAAUAAGGGGUUACCAAACCUACAGAUGUAAAGAUUAUAGUUUACAGCAUGACUCGACGGAAAUCUACUUUGUUUCCCCGAAAGACAUCGUGGUCGCUCAACCACGAGACGAAGAUGAUCGCGUCGAUUGGUUGUUGCAAAUUAAUCACCACCGGGAGGCGCUAGAGGCCGUGAAAGAGUUCGGAAAGCGACUGAAAAAACAUACGUAUAUGGAGGUGGGGUUGUUGUAUCUCGAUCAUUUGAUUGACAGCCACGAUUUUACCGAAGCUGCAUCUGUCGCUCCCCAAAUACUUGGGAAUAAUAUGAACCACUGGGAGGGGCUGGUCCACCGCUGUAUAAAGGCGCACCAAGUAUCGGUCAUCACUGCAGUGUUGCCACGAGGAGAUUUCCGAUUACCACAAGCUUGCUACGAACUUGUGCUCGAAGAAUUGUUAAAAACCAACCAUAAAGAAUUUGAGAAGUUGUUGAAUGAUUGGCCGAACGAUCUUUAUAAUAUUGUUACGAUAACGAAUAAAGUGUUGACGUAUCUUGACCGAGAUUCUCACAACCCAGUGUUGCUGGCUGCGCUUGCUAAGUUAUACGCAGCUGACCAGCGUUUUGAUCGAGCGUUAUCUAUCUAUCUCCGCAUACAACAUCCUGACACCUUUAAACUUAUAAGGAAACAUAAUCUAUACGCGGCACUCCAGGAUAAUGUGGUUGCCCUGAUGAGGUUUGGGGAGGGGGAGGCUGUGGUUCUGUUGCUGGAUCAUAUGGAGCAUGUACCGAUUGAUAAAGUUGUUGCAGAUCUCAAACGUAAACCUGACUAUCUACACAAGUACCUCCACGCGUUAUACCAACGUGAUUCACAUCUUGGGUCCGAAUACCACGAUCUACAACUUCAACUCUACGCGCAGUUUGAUCGGCCCAAGUUACUACCGUUCCUUAAGUCAAGCAAUUAUUACAAACUUGAAACUUCCUUGGAGAUUUGUAAAGAACGAGGUUACGUUGAUGAACAAGUCUUUCUAUUGAGUAGAAUGGGCAAUGCUUCGGGUGCCUUAGCUUUGAUCACCCAGAACGAGGAGAAUGUUGGUCGGGCUGUCGAGUUCUGUAAGGAACAAAAUGAUUCAGAGUUGUGGCUCGAAUUGAUUAACCGCUCCAUUCAUAAACCAGAAUACAUCCGUGGUCUUCUAGAAAACAUCGGCACCCACGUUGACCCGAUAAUACUAAUCCGCCGAAUCCCGUCGUCCAUGGAGAUACCGGGGUUAAGAGACGCCAUCGUCAAAAUAUUGCAGGAUUAUUCAAUGCAGACAGCUCUGUGGUUCGAGUGUCGAAAAGUUUUAUCGUCCGAUGUUAUUUCAUUGUUACGUAAACAAUUGCGAGUUAACUCUCGGCCAAUCAGCAUUGACGAGGAAAGAUCAUGUGACGCGUGUGGACGACCACUGCUGUGUCAAAAUAAUGGUUCAGUAGCGGACAUGCCAGUCAUCGUAACAUUUUUAUGUCAUCAUUGUUUCCAUGACGAUUGCCUUCCUUCUCAAAACAGGAGUUCAUGCAAUGUUUGCAGAGGAAAUAUUCGACACUCCUGAUUGGUCAAUCUUUGUUGUCGUAGCAACCGAGAUAUUUUUCUACCAAACUAUUGUUACUCAUCUGAGAAAUUUUCAUAUUAUGUUUGAUUUAUUUUAAUUCGUGCAAUAAAUGUCUAUUGUAUUGAA